GUACCAUACACAACGCUCAGCCAAUGAGUUCCUCUUCUUCGAAGGGUAGAAUGAGUCCGACUCUCUCUGACAUCUCUAUCAUCACCGCUUCAUCUGAGACCAUGGACGCUAUCGGAGCAGCCCUCUCUCCUGGGUUCGGAUCCGCAGCAGUACAAUCCAAGGAAGUACCGCGCCCUAUCUCGCACCCGAGGUGGUACAUACACGAUGAAAAUGUCGAGAUCGUGGCAGGCGGCUACAUGUUCAGAGUACCACGAUAUUCUCUUCAGAGAGGCUCGGAGCGUUUCAGGGAACUUUCAGCUGCACAAAAACUGAACCCGGAUGGCACUCGUGCGCCUAUCGUUCUGCCGGUUUCCAUCACAGACGAGGAUUUCGAACGAUUCCUGGAUCUCCUCUACCCAAUUGUUUUCGGGACGUACGCGUUGCAUACAUCGAAGGAAUGGACGUCGGCACUGCGUGUCGCGCAUUAUCUGCGAUUCGACUCUAUCAGAGCCCUCGCCAUGAAACAACUGUACUCUCUCGCGUCACCCGUCGAAAAGAUAGUCUGUGCGCGGGAAUUUGAUAUCCCCCAGUGGUUGCAGGGUGCGUACACGGACCUCUGCCUCCGUUCCGCUCCCCUGUGCCCGAAGGAAGGCAGACUCCUCGGUCUCUCAACGUGCCUCAAGAUCGCAGCCGCGCGGGAAGCCCUGCGCACCCCCGCCGCUCCAAUCGAUCAGACUCUCGCUACGCCCAUCGUUAAGGAGACAUUUGGUCUUGGGGUGGAUGGAAAUACUACCACGGCGAUCCGUGACCAGUCUCAAAGCAUCCCUCCUUCAGCAAGCGCCACGAGCAAGCCGUGCAGCCCUGAUGCUACGAAUGUCGUUCGCCCUCCCCUUUUUCCUCAAGCGACACGCCAACUAGAAAAGGCUCCCGUGUCCGAGAAAGAGGAAUGGAAUGACGACGUGAGCAAGCAAGAGGUGACGAACAGCCAAUCCCAGGGAACGGCGGCGCAGGUGAAGCAUCAUGCAGAGCUAGAAUCACAUCUGUCCGAUCCUCCUGCCGGUCUAUCAAAUAAGCAGCGGAAGCAAUGGGUGCAGAAAGCCAAAGCAGCAGCUAUCGCUAAGCACAGGGAGGAGGUGGGGAGACAUGUAACUGGAGGCGGGGUGGCAGACGAGGGAGGCGUUGAAAGACGCCGAACUCCUGGUGGUAGUUCAAGCUUCAACUACAGGUCGUCGCCCCAACCGCUGGGAGACAUCCGAUCUUCAACUACAGGUCGUCCUGGCGGAUGGAUGCAGGGUUGGCUCGCUGAAUUUGAGGCGAGAGCUCACUUGGACACAUCAGAUUCGGACGACCCGGAAUAGCUAGCUCUUCAGCGAUUGCAAUGUAUCGAGGCGGACGAUGAUUAUCACAGAAAGGCACUGCUUAGUUUGGGACUGCACUCGCAGGGUGGGCUGUCUGUGCCUUAUUCGACAAACACGUGGCUUGAGGGUGAGGUUAUCGUCAGUAUUAGAGAGUUAAUCCAAGCGGGAUAUGGUCAUCAAGGCGAAGGCAUUACCUAUCCCGUGCUCGGG